UCUCUCUCUCUCGUUUUUUCUUCAAUUCCGAAAUUAUCGGAAAUAAUGAAGGUGAACGGUUCGGGCGUUGGUGGGUCGAAGAGGAAAUUAUGGAGCCGUGGAGUGGGAGGAGUCAUAAGAGAGCAAAGGUCGAAGCUUUAUAUCAUAAGAAGGUGCGUGGUGAUGCUUCUUUGUUGGCAUGACUAAAUCUUCAUCAUCAUCAUCAUCAUCAUGUCAUCACAAUCUCUUGGAGCUUUUGUGAUCGACGAUCCAGAAAUAUGCGAUAUGCCAUAUGCCGGGGUUUUUUCUUCCUUGACGCAAGCAUAAUCAAGACUAACCAUUAUAUAAGUUUUUUUAAAAAUUUUAUUUUGCCUAACUAUGUACAAGAGAAGAUGGCGUCGGUAUAUCGGUUCUACGUAGCAACAAUGUAUAAGUUUUGUAGUUUUUAUUUUUACUUUUACCUCGAGGAAGGUUUUUGGUUAGAUGUAAAUUAGUAAUUGAUUCACUAUUUUCCAUCCAUAAUUUGUCUAAUAUUAAAGGUUGAUCGUGAUUUUUUUAAAUC